AUGUUCGAUCAGACUCAUGGUCGCGUGCUCAGGACGGUGCCGAACAAGAUCAUUUGGGACUCGCUGGAGUCGGAAUUCAGAACAGACAGGGAUAUCGCCCGCAUACUUGCCUCACAGACGCACCCCGUGAUGAUGGUGCCAGCUUACAACCAGCACCCCGUCGUGAUCGAGGCGAGGCAGCAGGGCCGCCAGCCGCCCAUUCCGUUGGGAUUCUAUCUCGACGGCGUGCAGUAUAUAUCGCAGGCCGCGGGCCGAAGCGACACUGCGCUGGGGUUCUGGAUAAUCAACAUGCUGUCAGGACGGCGCCAUUUCAUCUCGGCCCUGAAAGGGCAGGACUUAUGCCAGUGCGGGCGUCGGGGCCACUGCUCCCGCUUCCCAGUUAUGCACCAUGUGCGGUGGCAACUGCGAGCGAUGCAGCGAGGCGCCGUUCCAACCUUGCUGCGCGAUGGCCAGAGCCCAUGUCCAGAGCAGUGGCCUCCAGGCAAACGCCUACCCUACACAGCAAUUAUGCGAUACAUCAAGGGCGACUGGGCAGAACACACGCACACCCUCGGCUCGAUGCCUUGGGGCGCGGCGUGGAACCCCUGUCAGUUCUGCUGGCUCGAAAAAAAUCAGCUUCAUGACUGCGACGAUGCACUUUGUGAUCCAGACCCUCCGUGGCCCCUGAAGGACCGCGGCUCGCACGAGAGGCUAAUAUCUAAAGAUAUUGUCAUCAACGACGUCGUCCUCAACGUGGGGGACAGGCUAUGCCCGUCUGAAUCGCUGCCGGAC